AUGCUCGCUAGCCCUCGCCCUCGCCCUUCGUCCUCGCCCUUCGUCCUCGCCCUUCGUCCUCUUCUCCUUCGCCCACUACCACGUCUUCGCCUUCUUCCUCACAUUUGCUUUUCCUACGCUUUCGCACUCGCUUUCUCCUUCACAUUCGCCCUUGCCCUCACCCUCACCCUCGCCCUCGCCCUCGCCCUCGCCCUCGCCCUCGCCUUUGCAUUGGCAAUGUUCUUCGCAAUGUUUUUAUCAAUAUUCUUCGACCUUUCCUACGCCUUCGUCUUCGUCAACAACUUUGCUCUCGCCUUUGCCCUCUUCAAAGCCUUCAAGAACGGCUUAUCCUUCGCCUUCGUCAUCUCCUUCGUCUACUACCACUUCUUCGCCCUCGCCUUCUUCCUCGCCUUUGCCCUUUCCUACGCCUUCGCA